UCCCUGUCUGUGUGUUCCUCAGAUGGACAGGUUCGCCAGUAUCCGUAUCCCGGGCAGUAAGAAAGAGCGUCCUCACCUCCCUCACGUCAAACACUCCUCCUCGUCUGAAUGGUCUUCCUCCUCCGCUGAGUUUGAGGACCUGUCCUCCAAGAUCACCUCAGAACAGGAGAUACUGGGCCUCUUCGAGAAGAUGAUGGAGGAUAUGAACCUGAAUGAUGACAAGAAGGCUCCUCUGAGAGAGAAAGAUCUGACCACCAAGAGAGAGAUGGUUAUCCAGUACAUUGUUACUGCCUCCAAAACAGGCAGUGUGUGUAGCAGUCAUCAGAUUUCCCCUCAGGAGUUCCUGGGGGAGUUAAAGUCAGGGGUGACUGAUGAACGCCUCAUGGCCUGUCUGGACUCUCUCCGUGUCUCCCUCACCAGCAACCCUGUCAGCGGUGUGAGGCACUACAUCUCAGUGCUAGAGGCGUCACUACAGACCCUGGUUCGAUCCCGGGCUGUAUCACAACCGGCCUGUGAUCGGAGGACCCAUAGGUCGGCCUCACAAUUCGGCCCGGCGUCGUCCGGGUUAGGGGAGGGUUCCUGGUACCUGUUUAAUGCCGCGCACACAGAGGAGGAGGGCUGCAGGCCGUGGGAGGGGGACUAG